AUGAUGUUUACAGAUACUAGAUCACCCUCGUCCUCACCCCGAUUCGACAAAGCGUCUUCAACAGAAUUGGGAGAAAGUCUGCCCAUUCAAUAUGAUCGGUCCAAGUCAAGAUAUUACAUCGAGACUCAUUGGGGAAGUAUAAUCGCUUUAUCUGAUGAACAAGCUCGAAUAGCCAAGGGUAUGAGAAGGACUGAGUCUGGUACCGGCUCUGAAUCAAAAGUAGAAUCCCAUUCAAAUAUUGAGUCGAAGAAUGAGAUUGACGGCGAGAAUGAUUCUGCUAAUGAAGAUACUCCAGCCUGA